UAAUAUCGUGAAGAGCAUCAAGCGAUCGAGAUGCAAGCUAUAUACUUGCAUUUAUCAUAUUAAAAUUUUUCUGUUGUUGUCUGAUAUCGUUCUUGACGUACGGGAUUUUCAAGAAAUUAAAUCUCUGGAAACGAGAAAAAGAAAUCAUCAUGUCAAAGAUAAGAGUACUAGAUGGUGGUUUCUCUACGCAACUGUCCACCCACGUAGGUGAGAAAAUCGACGGUGAUCCUCUAUGGACCGCACGUUUUCUCAUAACGGAUCCGAAAGCCGUCUUCGCUACUCACUUGGACUUUUUGCGCGCUGGUGCUGAUAUCAUCGAGACAAAUACGUAUCAAGCAACCAUCGACGGUUUUGUAAAACAUUUGGGUAUCAGCAAAGAAGAAAGUCUUGAGAUCAUUCGUAAAGCCGUCGAUUACGCUAAGGAUGCCGUGAACGUUUACAGUAAAGAAAUAGAGGGCAAUGAAAAUGUGAAGAAUCGAAAACCACUGAUCGCUGGAUCGUGUGGGCCUUAUGGCGCUUGUUUGCACGAUGGCUCAGAGUAUACUGGUUCGUACUGUAUUAAUGUGUCGCGAGAAUUUUUGAUCGACUGGCAUAGACCUCGCAUACGGGCUUUGCUGGAAAAGGGUGUUGAUUUAUUGGCGAUAGAAACGAUACCUUGCGUUCGUGAGGCGGAGGCUGUAAUCGAUCUACUCAAGGAGUUUCCAGAUACACAGGCAUGGCUAUCAUUCUCCUGUAGAGACGAUGGAAAGAGCUUAGCAGACGGUAGCAACUUUCAAGAGAUUGCCGUGAGGUGUUACAAAAAUGCGCUGCCUGGACAAAUAUUAGCGAUCGGCAUUAAUUGCAUUGCUCCACAAUUCGUUACUACUCUGUUGCAAGAUAUCAAUAAAGGCAAGUCAGACGAUCUUAUACCGUUGGUGGUAUACCCUAACAGCGGAGAAAAAUAUAUUGUAUCUGAAGGAUGGAAGAAGGAAGGAGAAUCCGCCUCUUUACACGAAUUCAUUGAUGAAUGGUUGGAUUUUGGUGUUCGCUACAUUGGUGGAUGUUGUAGAACAUAUGCUACAGAUAUUAAACAAAUAAGAUCUAAAGUAGACCAACAGCGGACAUAAACAUAUAUACAUUUAAUGACUAUCGUGAGGAUGACUUCAUACAAUUUUUAUGAUAACGAAUUUAUAUUAAAUGUUUGCGCAAAGGCAAAAUAUAUUACACAAGACAUAAGAUAAAUAAUGCAUCUAAAUUUUAUUUCUGCAAAUUUUUAAAUAAAUGUGUAUAUACUCCAA